AUGGCUGGGUCGGGUAGAGGAAGAGGACAUUCUUCAUUUGCCUUCAACAUGUAGGCUAUUGGCUUUGGUAAAGGUGCAGCUCCACCUGAUAUCAUCUGUAAGCCUCCACCACCAUUUCCAAGUAUGGACAAUAAGCCAACACCUCUGAAAAUAGAAGAUGAAGAUUACUUGUUGGACUUAAAACAAGAUCUUAGAGAUACUACGAAAAAAAUGCCAUACUUCUUGACAGCUUUGAAUGUAACACUCCUUAUUGUCCAGUUGUUGUGUACUAAAGCCAUGUAUGAAAUGGACCAGCACUCAAAACCAAAAACCUCUGAGCCUAAAAGAAAUCUGGAUGUCAUUAAAAGAAUUGAGGCACUAGAAAAGAAGGAUGAGGAAAAGACAAAACACAAAGAAGGUGAAGAUGAUGAAGAAGCAGAAGAACCAGAGGAAUAUGAUGAAGAGCAUGAAGAGGUAUAA